GCCGCGCUCCCUCCCCCUGACCUCUCACCGGGAGGCGGGGCCGGGCCGGGCCAGGCCGGGCCGGGCCGGAGCGGCGGGGAGCGGCGGCAGCAGCGGCGGCAGCAGCGGCGGGGAGCGGCGGCGGGGAGCGGCGGCAGCGCGGGGAGCCGUAGCCCGGCGGCGUCCGCUGAGAAAUUUUAAAUGCCGGAAGAACAAAGUCAAACUAUAAUGGCAAUUGAUGAACUUCAAGCCAUAAUACAACGAUGUCAAAUUCUGGAAGAAGCUGAUUUCAGAGGAGAAGAUUUUAAUCUAUUUCAGGUAGCAGGCCAGAAAUGUUUAGAAGAUGGAUAUGCAGCUCAGUUACUAGAAGUAGUUCAAAAUGAGAAAAAUAAGGUUAUCAUCAAGAAUAUGGGUUGGAAUCUCAUUUGUCCUCUUGUUAGAUGUAUUUUAGUGUAUAAACAGGAAGAUGAUAAGAGGGAACACUGCCUGAAGAUACUAGAUCAGUUGGUGCAGCUGUGUAAUGCAAAGGAACUUUUUUUAGGUUUACUUGAGCAGAUUGAGCAGACCUCUGGAGAGCAAGUAUGCCAAACUGUCAUGUUAUUGCUUCAGCCUUUGCAAACAGUGCUUUUCAAACUUCAGAACAAGAAGGCCUACUCAGUGGGCUUAUCUUUGGCCAUGAUUAUGAAUCAGCUCACUCCAUUGCCUGUACCUUACACAAAACAACAAAUGCAAGAAGAUAAACUUGGUCUCUGUCAAUGUUGUAAUGCUGUUGUGGACUUUGCUAAACCUUUUGUGAAUGAAGUUGUUAAAAGCAUGGAAAAGUCAUCAGAAUGCAGUGAUAUGGAGCUGAAGGAAGAAUUACUAAAGUUCUGUAUGAAAAGCCUGAAAUACCCAUUGUUAACAGCUCAGCUUGAACAACUUGAAAGCAUUGAAGACCAUCCCUUUAGGCGCUUUGCAACUGAAAUUAUAGGCAUUUUAUGGGAUAUGAGAGAAUUCAUACCGUUAGUGUUUUUACAUCAUAAAGGCAGAAGUCCGUCCUGGGAGAACGAGGAGUUUGAGGACAUAGAGCGAAAGAAUUCUGCAGAUUCUUUGGCAUGUCUGGCAUAUCUGAUGUUUGUUCACUGUUUUGGUAUUGACUGCUUUCCUAUGGUAUUUAGUCCGUCAUAUCUGCUGCAACGCAAUAUGACACACAUCGAAGUCCUACUGAAAAGAACGGAAGAAUCUGUGUUAUCUAAAGGACUUGAUCUGUUUGAGAGCUCUUUACUGAGAAUGGAAGAUAAUAGCCUUCUCCAUCAGUAUUUAGAAUUCAGCGAUUUUAUUACCGUACCUCAGAAUUUGGUGAAAGUUAUGACCCUUUGUCCCAUAGAACAUCUGAGGAAGAAGAGUUUAAAUAUUUUGCAGUUGUUCAUAAACAAGUUUGAUGCAGAGGGAAAAUACACAUUAUUCAGAUGUUUACUGAAGACAAGCAACCAUGCUGGUGUGGAAGGAUACAUUAUUCAAAAUAUAAAAGAUCAGAUUCAUUUAUCUUUAACGCAUUUGAGAAGCAAAGCCAGGAACGUAUGCUGUGACAUGAAGGUAUGUGACAAUAGCUGGUUUACAGGACAUCACCUGAUCUCCCUUCUAGAUUUAGUGCUUUUGCUUCCUGAAGGUGCUGAGACGGAUCUUCUGCAAAAUUCAGAUAGGAUUAUGGCAUCACUAAAUCUACUGAGAUACUUAAUUAUUAAGGAUAGUGAAUACAAUAAUCAAACUGGUGUAUGGACCAUGCUUGCCAAGAUUGAGCAAAAUUUUUUAAAACCACUGCAUGUAGGACUCAAUAUGUCAAAAGCACACUAUGAAGCAGAAAUAAAGAAUAAGAAAGAAAACAGAAGAGAGGCACACAAUUCUAACACAGUCUGUUCUGUAACUGUUAGUGGAGAAAAGAUGCCCGUCAUGACUACCGAAAUGCAGCUUCAGGUUUUACACUCAGCUCUCUUCACAUUUGAUUUAAUAGAAAGUGUUCUAGCGCGAGUAGAAGAACUCAUUGAAGUGAAAAUAAAAGCUGUAACAUGAAAAUAUUCGGCUCAGCUGAAACAUAUGAAUAAACAUGCUUCUUGCAAGUUGAUUUUUACUUGAAAAGGAGGCUACCAACCUUUAAAGAAGAGUAGUUUAGAAGGGCUACUAGAAUUGCAAAUCCUGCUCUUCACUUGUCUUCUUGCUGUUUUCUUUUCUUUUUUUUCCUUUUACUGUUGUUGUAUGUGAUUCAUAGAGAUGGCCUAUUUACUGAAGUACUCUUCUUCAGAGUUUGACACCUUUUCUGAAGUUUAGAAACUACACCUAUUUAACAAGAUUUUGUUGUUGUUAUCUUGUGGCAAGGAAGCAUGGUUGUGCAUUUAUUUUUCUGUUCACAUUUUCAAAACUUGUUAGGUAAUACUUGCUGAAUUGAGCACUGAAUUAUAAAGAUUUUUAUAAAGUAUUUGGAGAACCAUGAAUUAAAAAGCAUUGUGUAAAUGCUAGCUGUUUUCAUUAGGACUUGUGAGUAUUGACAAACAAAAUUCUGUAUUAACAAAUGGGACUGUAAGUCUCUCACUGUAAAUUACAGUAGAGAGUGAAACCAGGUUUAAAGAAAAGCAGACAUCAACCUUGAGCCAAAUAAGAGGCUUGUAUAAUAGCACAGCAGAUGAAACUUGUGUUUAAAAAAAAUACAAUGUAUAAGGCUUCAUAAACAUAACUCUUCAUGCAUGGGAAAACUAUUGUGAUCAUCCUUAUCAUUAAUGAUGAAAAUUUUCCUAAAGAUAUUCUAAAUAUUUUGGGAAAUGAUUAUAAACAGCCCGUAUGUUCAGAAUCAAGUUAAAAAUGAGGAUGACUUCUCUAUAGUGCAGCUAAACCACAGGUUUUUUUUCCUUUUUGUUAGAAUGCAUAUUUGAUACAGUAUAUGCCAGUUUUGCACUAUAUAAUUGUUUAAAUUUUUAUUCCAAAUGCGUAAGUUGUAUAUACAGUCUUUGAAAAUGUAACAAUAUAUUUUUAAGAGCAUUUAUAUUUUGUUUAAAAUGUAGCUGUUAUAUUUAAUGAAUAAAAAACCCCAACCAAACACUAAAUUAAUUACAGUGCAGCUGGUACUGCUGAAGCAUCUCCCAAACUGGACUCUUUUCUAUUAUGUGGGCUUUUGCCACUGCCAUUUUGUAACGAAUAUCAUCUGCGCAUGGCUUUGAAGUUAUCUUAGAGGAAAGAAAAAUAUUGUAAGUAGGACAAAAUAACUUUCAGAUAAAAGAAUAUUCAACAUCUUAUUCUUCAAAGAGUAGAAAUGUAAAAUUUUUUAGCAUAAUAUUUGAAUCAUGUUCUCUGAAGUAGAUAUUUAGGAAUGGUAUACACAGAGGUGAUUUAAUGUAUCCCUUUAGCAGCAAGACCAGUGCCAAAACUGGCACUGCAAAAAUAAUAAAAAAUAAUGUAAUGGCAACAGAUA